CAGAAAAGGAAACCAGCUGUCGCCAGAGAUAACGAACGUUAUUGCCGCCGAUAAACGAUCUUGAUACCGGAUUCCGAAACAGAGGUGGACUCGGUUAUAUUUUGAAGAUUGCAGACAGAAGAGAAUAACAAAAUGAGUAAUGAAGAUUAUACAAGCAACGAAGGAAAGAGAAGAAGGGACGAGGACGAUGAGGGAGAAAUGUUUACAACAAGUAAGAAAGUAUUUCGAUCACCACAAAAACCCAGAUCAAGCAUCGUCAAAGAUGAUAAAAUGGAUCAAAUGAUGGAAAUGAUGCAGGUUAUGAUAAAGGAAAUGAGAGAAAUAAGAGAGGAACAGCGAAAUUACCAGAAAGAGAUGAAAAAGUUAAGAAAGGAAAAUGAAGACAUCAAGGAAGAAAACGAAAAACUUGAAACGGAAAUAAAGAUGAUAAACUCUAAACUAGAGAGUAUGGAUAGAGAUAAAAGGGGGAAUAACAUAGUCAUAAGUGGUCUAGAUAUAAAUGAUAUUCAACAAGAUUCAGUGGAAACCGAGAUGAAGAAUUUCUUCAAAAAGAACUUGGAGAUAGAACCUAAAUUCAAAGCAACCAGGAAAAUAGGCGUGAAAACUUAUGUAGUUGAGUUGGAGACUGAUUCUGAGAAAUUGAAGGUGAUGAAAAACAAGAGUAAAUUGAUGAAAAUUAGAGGGGAAAUAGUGUACAUCAACAACGAUAUGACGAAAGCACAAAGGGAAAUACAGAGAAAAUUGAGGACAUUUGGAAAGGAGGAGAAAAACGCAGGGAAGAAUGUUAAGGAAGGUUUUCAAAAAUUGAUCAUAGACAACGUGAGGUACAGAUGGAAUGAGGAGAGAGGAAAAAUAGAGAAAUCGCAACCAAAAAACUAG